AUGGUCUUUAAUCAGAGAAACCGUAAUUCCAGACCAGCACAAGUUCCUGUUUCCCGUACUCCUGUCGCGAGUAGCUCUCAGCUUUGGGAUGAUGAUGAGCCUGAAUUUGGCGGCUAUGCUGACCAUUUACAUCAUCCAGUUCGUCCCACGCAGCUUGGAAAUGGUCGACCGGAAGAGGGCUUUCCUAACGGCCAUCCCGUACGUCAAGACUGGCGGUCUGCUAAGCCAGCUGAGGUUGAAGUCGACUUCGAAGAGGUUGAGGACGCAUUAUCUUCGGUUCCGUCUCCCAGCGAUGAGGGCUCCUACCAAGCAGAGCUUAGUGAAACUGGAGACGUGGCUAUUGACCAGAGGUACUCGCUGAUUCCAAAAGGCCUGCGGUCUGACACUAGAAACUUAGGCCAUGACGACCAGUCUGGCGCUUUUCAGAGAUUGUUUCCUCUUCCAUUAGCGCAGAGACGACCACUACUUCCGGCACGGCAACAGCGGGACACAGAUGCGCUUAUCUACAAUUCAUCACAACAGUCAGACUCACGUAUCAGUGGAGAGCCGACAGUAAUCUAA